CACCGGCAAAUAAACCAAAUGGGCUGCAUGGAACAGAAGACUUUACCAGGGGGGGGAAAAAGGUCGCUUUCUACCAACGACUGUGAAGGUAAUGGCGGGCGUACACUCGGCGCUGCUUCCUCUUGCGAUGCUUCUCUGUUUUCCUCUUUCCUCAAGAGCAGCGCCUUUCCAGGCCGCCCUGGUCCAGGACAUGGCGCAGAUCCUGCUGGAGAACUACUGCUUCCCGGAGAACUUGGUGGGGAUGCAGGAGGCCAUCCAACAGGCCAUCCACAGUGGAGAAAUCCUUCAGAUCCAAGACAGGAAGACCCUGGCGGCCGUCCUGUCGGCGGGGGUCCAGGGGGCGCUGAACGAUCCCAGGCUGGCGGUGACCUACGAGCCCAACUACGUCCCGGUGUCGCCGCCGCUGCUGCCCUCCCUGCCCGCCGAGCAGCUCGUUCGGCUGGUGAGGAACUCGGUGAAGCUGGACUUCCUGGAGAACAACGUGGGCUACCUGCGGAUGGAUCGGAUCAUCGGGGCGGGGACGGCGGCCAAGCUCGGCCCCCUGCUCAGGGACAACAUCUGGAACAAGGUGGCCCCCACGUCCGCCAUGAUCUUUGACCUCCGCUACAGCACCGCCGGGGAGCUCUCUGGCGUUCCCUUCAUCGUGUCCUUCUUCUCGGACCCGGGGCCGCUGAUUCACAUCGACACCGUGUAUGACCGGCCCUCAAACAGCACGGAGGAGCUGUGGACCCCGCCUUCCAUCAUGGCAGAGCGGUACGGUACGAAGAAGGACUUGAUCAUCUUGACGAGCAAGCGUACGAUGGGAGCCGCAGAGGCGGUGGCCUAUACACUUAAGCAUCUGAAGAGGGCUAUUGUAAUGGGAGAAAGGUCUGCCGGGGGUUCGGUGAAGGUCCAGAAGAUCAAAAUGGCAGACUCUGGAUUUUACAUAACGGUACCGGUGGCAAGGUCUGUCAGCCCAAUCACAGGCCAGAGCUGGGAGGUGAGCGGUGUUGCGCCGUCAGUUAACAUCAUCGCGAAGGACGCAGUCGUAAAUGCCAAGUCACUAUUGGCAGUUAGGAGUGCCAUUCCCAAGGCUGUUCAGAGCAUCUCCAAUAUCAUUGAGAGGCACUAUGCAUUUAUGGAUCGUGUCCCAGCACUCCUUUACCAUCUGCAGGCAGCAGACUUCUUUUUGGUAACAUCUGAGGAGGAUCUUGCCACUAAACUCAACCAAGAGAGCCAGGCCAUCUCCGAAGACCCUCGACUGAUGAUCAGACUUGAGGAGGACCAGUUUGUUUUUUCCGACAAUAAGGACUCUGAGGAUGAAAUGGUUCCUGAUGAUUCUGCGUUGUUAGGAACACUGGCUGAUGCACUAUUCAAAGUGGAAAUCCUAGCAGACAAUACUGGUUAUCUCCGCAUUGAUUCUUUUGAUGACUCCUUUCUGGAGCCUGAAUUAGUGGAACGUAUGGAGAAAGGGGUAUGGGAACCUCUCAAAGACACUGACAAUCUGAUCAUUGAUUUGCGCUACAACACUGGUGGGUCCUCUGCCUCAUUGUCCUACAUUCUGUCCUAUCUCCAGGAUGUGUUACAGAAACGCCACUUCUUCACGAUAUUUGACCGGGUUCAAAACAGAACGAUCCAAUAUGACACUGAGCGUUGGAUUACAGGGCAACACUACGGUUCCAUGCGAGGGGUUUACGUGAUGACCAGCUAUUACACAGCAAGUGUCGGGGAAGAGUUUGCUUACCUCAUGCAGUCUCUGCAUCGCGGCACGGUCAUCGGAGAGAUCACAUCGGGAACCCUAACGCACUCAAAAACAUUUCAAGUUGAGGACACUGGUAUAGAGAUCACUGUCCCCUUCAUUAACUUCAUAGACAACAACGGGGAGUUCUGGUUGGGAGGGGGCGUGGUCCCAGAUGCGAUUGUGCUGGCCGAGGACGCUGUGGGUCACACCCACGAGAUCAUUGAAUUCCACCGUGGGCUACAGCAGCUCAUCCACCAAAUGGGAAAACUGUUGGAAACGCACUACGCCAUCCACGAGGUCGCCUUGAAGGUCAGCAAGGUGCUCCGCGCCAAAUGGGCCGAAGGAAUGUACCGCUCCGUGGUCGAUUUAGAAUCCCUGGCGUCCAUGCUGACCUCUGACCUGCAGGAGACCUCGGGGGACCACCGGAUCCACAUCCUCUACUGCGACGUGGAGCCAGAGUCCAUGCGUGAGGUGCCCAUGAUCCCCACGGCGGAGGAGGUGGGCUACAUCAUUAACGCUCUCUUUAAGAUAGAAGUAAUGCCGGGAAACGUCGGUUACUUGCGCUUCGACAUGAUGAUCGACAUGGAGGUUGUGAAGGCCAUCGGACCGCAGCUGAUCAAAUCGGUGUGGGACAAGAUCGUCAAUACUGACGUACUGAUCGUGGACAUGAGGUACAACACAGGGGGGUACUCCACGGCCAUACCCCUCCUCUGCAGCUACUUCUUUGACGUCGAACCCCUACGGCACCUGUACACCGUCUUCGACCACUCCACAUCCACCGUGACUGAGGUCACAACCUUGCCUAGCACCCUAGGUCCAAGGUAUGGAUCGCUCAAAGACCUCUACAUCCUCACGAGUCACAUGACAGGGUCGGCGGCCGAGGCCUUCACGCGCACCAUGAUGGAACUGAAGCGUGCCGUUGUGAUCGGAGAGCCCACGGUGGGCGGGUCGCUGUCCAGCGGGACCUAUCAGAUCCCGGGUAGUGUGCUGUAUGCUUCCAUCCCCAACCAGGUGGUGUUGAGCGCGGUGACUGGGAAGGUGUGGUCCCUGUCAGGGGUGGAGCCUGAUGUAAUCGCCCAGGCAAUGGACGCUCUGAAUGUGGCUCAGAGAAUCAUCGCGGCGAGACUGAUGAACAGAGAGACAGGGAAAUAGUUUCUGGCAUAUUCCUUGUUCUUUUGGAGCUGUGAAAACGACUUAAUUACGACUCAUCUUUUCUUACUUGAUUAUAUAGGGGGAUUUCCCAUAAAUGUAUCUGAAAGAAUUAGGAGAGAGUGGCCAUGGAUGGCAUAAAGUUUGGGAUUUCAAAAUAAGUCAAAAAUUAGGUAAUAAACUGAGAAACAACUAUUGCCAAAUGCUCCUUAGUCGUAUUAUUAAUGGCACAAUGGAACGUGUAUCAAAGUACUAAGAAUGCAUCAAAUGUAAUAAGGCUUUGACAAUCCGACUUUGUGGAAUGGUUUGUAUUCAAUCCUGAUCUUAUUCAAUUACAUCACAUUGCAUCAAGUUGCUUGAGCUCCAUUUUGUAAUGCUGCAUGUUCCUUUACGUCUCAUCAUUGUUAUUAUUAGGAUUCAUUAUUUAAAAUAUAGCAUGUAAUUUACCAGA